AUGCUCAACCCGUACCCGACCCGCCUGCGCUCCCAGUCCACUCCCGCCCGUCCCCGCCUGGCCCGCGCGGACUCGGAUCGCCCGGCGGCCCCCAAGCAAGCCCCCGCGUCCCCCUCCGUCCCCGUCCCCGCGCCCUCCCCGCCCAAGCCAAAAUCCCGCCCGCUGACCUUGUUCGCCCCGGGCGCCGCCCAGCUCGUCAGGAAACUGACACCGCGCAGGAAAAAGUCCCUUCACCCCAGUCCUGACAUCCCCCCGCCCGCGGAAGACGCCGUUCCCCCCCCUCCUGCACGCCCCCCUCGCAAUCCAGCACGUCCCGGCCCCGUAAAGAGACCGUCUACGUCGUCUGGGGUACCGCGCUCUCCCGCGCUCUUCCCAACUUUGCGACCAUCCACAUCAUCCGGUGAAAAGCGGACAAUCAUCGUUGGGGACGCUAUAUCACCGAGUGGGGGGGCGAUCACUCCGUUUGCCUCGUUCUCGGACCUUCGGACGACGGUGCACCUCAAGCGCAGAUCGAGCACGGCAAAGAAGGCGCGAGCCCCGGAACUAGACGUGAAAGGGCGGACCUCAGGGAACGAGACCCGGAGCCGCAGCUCAAAUGCCACCUCGUCCAUUUCGGAGCACAGCAAUAAGGACUUUAAUUUGUCGACGCCAGACAGGGCGAUCCUGCAGGAGUUAAAGCGGAGCAUCGCGGCCCGGGACGCCCAGUUUGUCACUAGAGGAGGAGAGAAGCACCAUCCGUACCCAGCCAAGGAGGUGCCGUAUCCGAGGAGCUACGAGAGACAGGUGGUGGAUUUUGAUGUAUGGGAAGGUCAGUUUGUGCAGCAGGUAUGCGGGAGCGUGACUUGGCAUGUCUUCGACACGCCGCCAACGAAGGUACUCGAUCUGGGAUGCGGAACUGGAACAUGGGUCUUGGAAUGUGCCAAAACAUGGAAGAAAUGUCACUUUGUUGGUUUGGACGUUGUGCCGCUCCAUCCUGACCUUCCGCAAGUGGGCUCCUCGGAUCUCGCGUCGAGGAUCACUUGGGUGCAAGCCAAUUUUCUCGAAGGACUCCCGUUCCCCAAUGAAGAGUUUGACUUUGUGCAUGUCAAGCGGAUAGCCCGCGGAGUGCCAGAGGAUAAGUGGGAUUCUCUGUUCGAGGAAAUAUCACGCGUCAUGAAACCUGGUGCUGCGUUCGAGAUGAUUGAGGAGGAUCUGUAUUUCCCCGGGGCCGCACGCGACACGUCCAUUUCCAAGCUGCCCACCCCGGCCGCGCAGACGGUCCCCUUGUCGCCACACGAGCAGAUUAGUGCGGAGGGCACUGCGCGUCACAUGUACCCGCCCCCUUCUAGCGGCGGUGGCGUUCCAUUUGAUACCGGCUCCAGUUCCAAUGUGUCCGGCGAAGCUGGACCUUCGUCGCCGGCGUUCCAAUCAGAAGCGCCACCACAGAGUCCCUCUGGUGAUGAGCGCCCCACCUUAAUUGUACCAAGACCUAGAGCGACCUCCUUCGCUGAGGCUCCGGAGCCGCAAUCCGUCUCUGACUUGGUCCGCACGUCCCCCAAAGCCCCGGUUAACCCGCGGGACCACAGCCUACUGGAAAAGAUCUACACGGAAAUGCACUCGUCCCGAUUUAUCAACCUCGCGCCGCUCUCUCUCCUAGGGAAUUAUUUAUCUUCGUAUUUUAAAAAUAUUCGCACGCAUCCGCCUAUUAUUAUUACGUUCCCCCCGCCGGUAGGGGCCCUAGAGCAAGAAGGCCUCGCGAGGCCUAGAGCGUACCACGAUGACGAGUACUCGUCGUCCGCGUCAUCCUCGGACUGGGACGAUGACGGGUACGUGCUAGACAAGAUAGAUCGUCGCGCGCUGAAGACGGCGUUGUCGGGCAAUCGGCGGCGAAAGUCCCGGAAGGCGCCCAGUGCGAACCGGUUGUCCACGUACCUGUCUUCGGAGGAGCUGGACCGCCGCACGCAGCCGUAUGUUAAUGUGGACAGUGCGCGAAGGAUAGCCCUCGCGCCGUCGACUCGAGCGUCGAUAUUGGUUAGCGACGAUCCUGAGCAUCCGUCUGUGUUUUCGGCGCCGCCGCCCUCCGCGUUCCAUCCCCCUGGCCCUGAGCAGUACGACGCGGAUUCAACUCCCUCGGAUUCGGCUAUAGAUCUCUCGUCGACGCUCGGCGUCGAGUUUGCUUUCGAUUCUCCUAGUAUUUCGCCCUCGCAGUCCCAUUCGCACCUCCGGCGUAGAUCCCAGCUGCCCAACAAGACGUUCAACUUUGAUUUGCAGUCGCUGAAUCUCCACCUGGCUGCGCGCGUGGCGGAGAUCGUUGCUUGCUCCGAGUCGAUGUGGAGCUGGCUAGUCGAAUACCAGGAGUCAAGCCGUGACUCGACCGUCCGUCAAGGUAAAUCUGCUAGCGACGAUGAUAUCAAGCAGGCUCUGUUGAGCCUGACUAGAUCUGAGUUUGACAAUCUCAUCAAUCAGUUCGAGCUUGAUAUGUCGGAUUACACCAUGCUAGGUUCCCUUUUACAACAGAGAUGUGACUGGCGCAUGCCGUCCAUACAGCGGACGCAGGUCCGCAAAGCUUUCGACAUGGCUUGCAAAACCUGGGACGAGCAUUGGAAAGCUCGUAACCUACGAGAGCGUGUGCACUCUUCCGCUCACCCGCCCCCGUCGUCCUUCCCGGAGAAGCUGAACGGGGCUUCCGGCGACAUCAGGAGGAGCAAAAGCGAUGCCUCGAGGCGGAGACGGCCCAGCAAUGCGCACGGUACGGUGCCGCCGGAGCGUCCGUCCCCUGCUCAAGGCAGCCAGGGACCGUUCUUCAUUGGCGACGAUCCUUCGCAAAGGCUCAGCCGGACGCUACGGGUGUUUGUUGCGUGGAAACCGUGAUUCGCCUUUCGCUACCGCGUCGGCUCUGUAGAUCGGCCAAAUUUCCGACCGUCUAGAGGACAUUCUAUCGUUAUGACUAUUAACGUCCUAUUUAUGACUUUGUUUGUUCUUCUAUGUAUUGACCGCCCAGGAUGUCUUGCUUCGUAGGAAUCAGAUACCAUGUACAUACAUACCUGUUGUCACCCCUGUACCGGCGCCAGUGGAGUCUUUUUCUGUAAGCUAUAGCUCAAUCAAUGUUGCUGAC